GAUAAAUGAAUACCAAGAAAAAGGAAACAGAAUGACUUAACACGCUGACUCCACCUCAUAUGUGUCUUUAAAAAGGACACGUGCUUGUCCAUGUUUAAGUGAUUUGUUGUCCCACAGUGUGAACGCAGAUGGAAGUGUGUGCGGAGCCGAGAGAUGUCAUUCUCACUACACCUGUGCUGCCGCCUCCUGGACGGACGCGACUCCUUUGCAGCGACUGUACUAUAAGUGAACGGACAGCUUAUGAGCCCCACUCAAAGCGAGGGAACCACACACAAGGAGAGGGAUGGCGAGGAUAUCACUGCUGCACCUCCGCGUCCUUCUCGCGGGGCUCUUACUAACGGGGACCUUGUCAGUCCAGGGGAACAGAGGGGUGACUUCGCCUGACGAAGAGCGGGACAAAGAGAGCGACGCGGAGACGCCAUGUGAGGUGAAAACCGUCACCGUCUCUACCCUGCCCGUACUCCGGGAGAACGAGUUCAGCUUCACCGGCGGAGCCUCGGGGAACGUGGUCGGAGGAGGAGGAGGAGGAGGUGGUGGUGGUGGUGGUGGGGCUGCUGCUGCUGGAGCAGGUGGUGCUGGUGGAGGAGGAACUGGAGGAGGAACUGGAGGAGGAGGAGGAGGAGGAACUGGAGGAGGAGGAGGGGGGGAAUCCCGACUCCUAUUAUUCGUUAGAACAGACCUACCUGGGCGAAUUUCCGUAAUGGAUGAUCUUGACAACACAGCUCUCCCCUACUUCACACUCGAGAUGUCGGGUACGGGUGAAGAUAUUUCUCAGGUGCACUGGAAGCAGCAGUGGUUGGAAAAUGGAACACUGUACUUCCACGUGUCCAUGACUGAGUCUGAGCUUCUGGCCCAGACGACACAACCCACGGCCCGGGAGCCUGCUCACGUCCUCCAUGAACAUAUGCAUCUGCUGCACAUCUCAGUUAUGGGAGGCCUCAUCGCCCUCCUACUCCUAAUUCUCCUCUUCACCCUUGUGCUGUAUACCCGCCACCGAUGGUGCAAGCGUCGCCGUGUCCCCCAGAAGAGCGCCAGCACCGAGGCCACUCACGAGAUCCACUACAUUCCCUCCGUCCUGCUCGGACCGCAGGGCCGCGACAGCUACCGGGGCUCCCGCAACGCCCACCAGCACGGCAGCUCCGUCAUCGGCAUGCCCAUCCGCGAGACCCCCAUCCUUGAUGACUACGACUGUGAUGAGGAGGACCACGGUGGGCAUUCGCUCAACUCCACACCCAACCAGCUCCACAACAAGCUGAACGACGGAAAGGUGCAGGAGGACUACGGAGUAAACAUUGGCAUUGGAGGACACACAGACAUGAUGUGCAAGGAAGAUGAGCUUAAGCAUAACUUUGACAAACGAGCCAUCGACCCAAACACGGAGUCAGUCGAGGAUUUGAUGCAGAGGUUCCAGGACAGUUUCCGUGUCCCCAACACACCAACAGACAUGUCUCACUACCAGCACGUCAUGCACAGCUCAUCAACAGGCCGCCGGAGGGUCCCCAGCCACACCAGAGCAACUGGAGGUGUGUUUGGUCCUCAAGGAGAAUCAGGGUCAGAGCCCGAAGAUGACAGCCAAAUGAAGUUUUACACAGAGCAGCACAGAGGACGAAGGCGUGGCAAAGGCCACCCGCACAGUCCUCUAAAUAAGGUCACCCUGACGUUGAUUACCAUCAGCACAUGUGUCAUUGCCAUUGUCUAUGCCACGCAGGAUUCCUGCCCCCUCACUGUCAAGGUUACCCUCCAUGUGCCUGAGCAUUUUGUCGCGGACGGAAGUAGUUUUGUGGUCAGCAUGGGAAGCUUCCUUGAUGUUUCUAAUUGGCUAAACCCAGCCAAGCUAACCCUCUACUAUCAGACCAAUUCGUCCACACAGUGGGUCCGGGACUACUGUGGCCAGAGGACGACUGAGCCAUGCGAGCAGAUUUGUGACCAGGACACAGGAGAAUGCAGCUGUCAUGAGGGUUAUUCCCCUGAUCCUGUCCAUAAACACCUCUGUGUUCGCAGCGACUGGGGACGCAACGAAGGUCCUUGGCCAUAUGCUAACUUGGAGAAGGGCUAUGACCUAGUUACAGGAGAGCAAGCCCCAGAGAGGAUCUUCAGAUCAUUCUACAGUCUGGGCCAAGGGCUGUGGCUGCCAGUCAGCAAGAGCUUCGUGGUGCCACCGGUGGAACUGUCAAUCAACCCCAUCGCCAGCUGUAAGACAGACGUGCUGGUGACUGAAGAUCCAGGGGAGGUCAGGGAAGAGGCCAUGAUGUCCACUUACUUCGAGACAGUGGAGGACCUCCUGGCAUCUUUCGGACCUGUCCGUGACUGUUCCAAAGAUAACGGCGGCUGCAAAAAGAACUUCAAGUGUGUGUCCGACCGACAGCUGGACUCAUCAGGCUGCAUGUGUCCUGAGGGGCUGAGGCCAAUGAAAGAUGGCUCAGGUUGCUAUGACUACUCCAGGGGCAUUGACUGCACGGAUGGCUUCAAUGGAGGCUGCGAACAGCUGUGUCUACAGCAGCUUGUGCCCCUUGAAGAUGACCCCAGCUCCAGCAACGUGCUUAUGUUUUGCGGGUGCGUGCAGGAGUACAAACUGGCAGGGGAUGGGCGCUCCUGCCUCCUGCAGUCAGACAACUGUGAAGGACCCAAAUGCCCAAGGCAGGAUGUCCACUUCAAUGACACCCUGUUUGGUGAGAUGCUGCAUGGAUACAACAACAAAACCCAGCAAGUCAACUUGGGACAGAUAUUCCAAAUGACCUUCCGGGACAACAACUUCAUUAAGGACUUUCCCCAGCUAGCUGAUGGUCUCAUGGUCAUCCCCUUACCGGUAGAGGAACAGUGUCGAGGCAUCUUGUCAGAGCCCCUGCCCAACCUGCAGCUCCUCACAGGGGAUGCCCAGUUCAGCGAGGCAGUCGGCUACCCUAUGGUUCAACAGUGGAGAGUACGCAGCAAUCUGUACAAAGUCAAACUCAGCUCCAUUACUUUAUCUGCAGGCUUUUCCAAAGUGCUGAAGACACUGUCAGCAGACAGCACACGCGAGGAGCUGCUGGCUUUUCUCCAGCAAUACGGCAGCCACUACGUGUCGGAGGCCCUGUACGGCUCUGAGCUCAGCUGCAGCAUCUACUUCCCCAGCAAGAAGGCCCAGCAGCAGCUCUGGCUGCAGUACCAGAAAGAGGCAACAGACCAAGGGGUCGGAGGAGGAGGGCGGCGAGAGCUGAAGUCGGUUCCCUUCAUCAGCUACCUGUCUGCGCUGCAGAAGAGCCAGCUGUUGUCUGACGACAUGGUGAGUGGCGUGGAGAUCCGCUGCGAGGAGAAGGGCAGCUGUCCAGCUGGCUGCCACCUGUGCCAUCACCAGACCAUGAUGGGAGGAGUGUCAGGGAGAGGCCGCAGUGGUAACGGCAGGAGCGGAGAGCAGCCUUCCCCCAUCCCUGUGCUGCUGGAAGUCAGCCGCGUGGUGCCCCUCUACAGUCUGGUCCAAGACAACGUCACCAAAGAGGCCUUCAAGAGCGCCACAAUGAGCUCAUACUGGUGUGCUGGAAAGGGCGAUGUCAUUGAUAACUGGUGUCGCUGUGACCUGAGUGCCUUCAGCAAAGAUGGCCUGCCUAACUGCAGUCCCCUCAGGCAGCCAAUUUUGCGCUUAGCCCCUUACCUGGAGCCCUCAAGCACAAUGGUGGCCCUGGAGUGGAUGGAUGUGGAGCCUCUGAUUGGCUGCAAGGUGUCCGACUACGUCAUCCAGCAUAAACGAGUGGAGGACCCCUCGGAAGCGGAAAUAUACACAGGUGAGGUUCUGAGCUUGAUGGAUGAUCUGUUUUCUGGUUUGGGUUCAUCCUGUGUUGUUGCCGGGAGGAGAAGUGGAGACCAUCCUCACUCUGUGCUAUAUUCAGUGGUCUUCAAGUGCCUGGAACCCGACAGUCUCUACAAGUUCACUCUGAAUGCAGUGGAUAGCCGAGGCAGUCACUCUGAAUCAAGCUUCGUCUCAGUACGGACAUCCUGUCCAAUGGUGGAUGACAGCCGAGCAGAAGAGAUAGCAGACAAGGUGUACAACUUAUACAAUGGCUACACUAGUGGCAAGGAGCAGCAGAUGGCCUACAACACACUGAUGGAGAUCCCUCCGCCCCUCCUAUACAGAGUGCAGCACCACUACAAUUCCCACUAUGAGAAGUUUGGAGACUUUGUGUGGCGUAGCGAGGAUGAGCUGGGCCCCAGAAAAGCCAACCUGAUACUUCGCAGGGUGGAGAAAAUUAGCCACUACUGUCGGUCUCUUUUGCGCAGCACCCACAUCCAGAGUCGCACCGACACUAUGGCAUAUGUCUACUGUCUUCUGAGUGAAGAGGGCCGUCCUCCCAGUAAAACCUGGCAUGGCUCUUUACAUGAAAGUCGCACCACCUGCAUGGAGAAGCUCAUUUCUGUACAGCGCAACACAUACAGCAACACCAAACUCCGAUGAGACAGGAGUUUCGAGAUGAGCGGUGCAUCUUGUUUUUGUUUUUUUUCCUGCAAAAUGACAUCAUUGAUUGAUGUACUUCGUCACUCCACUCUGCAGCAGGUGUCUCUCAAGUGACUGGUGCAUUUUGAAAACCAGGAGAGCCUAAAAAAAAAAAAACCUCAGAAUUCACUGGACAUUGUGUUAAAGCUACCGAAAAAAUAUUUUUGUGUGGCCUACUUUUAUUAUAAGACAGAUGAUUGAAAAAAAAAAAAGAAAAAAAAUCUGGAGCGAACAUACUU